UUGUGCACCCGCCCUGGGAUGCCGUCCGGUCCCGCAGCCUUUCGACUCUCCACUCGGCACCGCUUAAACUACUUCCCGAGUGGGCGGGGGUACAUUCCAACCCUGAACUAAUGGCUCUCAUUCCCCAUCCCAACUGAUCAUGAAUACCGCCAACAUCUGAAAAUCCAGACAGCUCCUUUCGGCCCAUCACUAGUCUCAGGCUGCUCAUUCUCCCUUCGGGCCCCUGCUGUUCACGGACUGUGAACCACACACACACUGAGCUACUCUAAACGCCAUCACUUUAUCACCGAUCAAACUAAAUUCAACAGCGCCCGGACUUUGAACCCGGAGAACCACACCGGUCCGACCAGUGAAGCGGGUGGGGAGACUGAGGCACUCACGUUAUUGUGUGGAACUUUCCCAGCUCACUCUGUUUCAUUGGAUCUGGGAGGCUUUGAACGUGAAUCCUCGUGAUCAGAGUGAUUGAGAGAGGCAUCAGUCACUGCAGAGACCUUCUGUGAAACUACACCUUUUCCGAGAAGGGGACGGAACGAGGACUGGAACACUGAGUUCGAAGCCAAAACAACAGAACGAUAACAACUUGCAAAUAACCCAACUGUCUGAGCAGAGAAGUAUUGAAAGGCAAGAUCCCAAUAAGAGAUUGUGUUUCAAGCAUUGAGCCGUGGAAAUGUCAGAAACAUGCAGGAGUGAAAAUGGAACUCUUUCACCACUUCAUCAAGUUAGAACCUAUGAAGUAUCUGAAGGAGGCAGCAACAAAAAGACAAAGAGGACACUCGAGCCCCCAACCACUCUGCACAUUUGGUGCUGGGAUUACUGGAUUGUCACACAGGCCACACCGUGAGAAACAGCUGUCAAGAAUGGAAGGAGCAAGCUCCAGGCAACAGGAUACUCAGUCUGAGAAUGCCACAUUUUUCACAAUGGAACAGCUCAACAAACUGAAAUCCUUCUUUGAAGAAGGCGGGGUGGAAAAAGUUACCUUUCUGAUACAAGAGAAGUUAUCGGAGCUGGAUGGGACAGAGCUUAACAUCGCAGUGACUGGAGAAACAGGUACAGGAAAAUCCACCUUCAUCAAUGCCAUGAGAGGACUUCGGAACAAUGAUGAUGGAGCUGCUAAAGUUGAUGUCAUUGAAGCUACAAUGAAGCCAACCGCGUACCCACAUCCCAAUCAGUCCAACGUCCGCUACUGGGACCUGCCAGGGAUCGGAUCCACAAAAUUUCCAGCUGCUACUUAUCUCAAGAAAAUGAAUUUUGAAAGAUAUGAUUUCUUCAUCAUAAUAUCAGCUUGUCGUUUCAAAGAAAAUGAUGCAAAACUUGCUGAAGAGAUUAAACAGCUCAGGAAAAAUUUCUACUUUGUCCGCACUAAGAUUGAUCAAGAUUUUUACUCAAUGAGAAAGGGGGGAAGAAAUAAAAUUAAUGAGAAAGAAAAGCUGGAUGAUAUUCGGAGUAACUGUGUCAACAAUUUGAGAGAAGCGGGGAUUCGGACCCCACCUGUGUUCCUGAUAUCCAGUUUUGAACAGGAUCGAUAUGAUUUCAAUCGUUUAAAUAAAGCACUUGAAGAUGAUCUGCCAUAUUUAAAGAAAAGUAUCUUUGUUCUGGCCUAUGCAAACACAAGUGUGGAGAUUGUUCAGCGGAAAAGCAAGAUGCUGCAGAAACGUGUUUGGAUGUCGGCAAUAAUUUCGGGAGCUGUAGGAGCAGUCCCCAUUUCUGGUCUCUCCCUUGCUUGUGACAUCACCAUUCUGAUUGAGGAAAUAAUCUAUUUUCGUAAACACCUGGGUCUGGAUGAAGCUUCUCUUCAAAGACUGGCCAACAUCACAGAAAAACCUGUUAAAGAGCUUAAGGCCGUUGUUAACCCUCUUCUGCUGGGGAUAAUAAAUAAAGAUAUAAUUAAAAGGUUAGGUUGGGGUGCUACAUCUGUUGCCGUUUCAGCUUUGGAAGUUGGUGUUAACUUCAUCCCUAUCAUUGGUUCCAUCUUUGGAGCAGGAUCAUCCUUUCUCAUGACCUACAGAAUGCUGACCGAUGCACUGAAGGACCUUACAGAGAGUGCAGAGAGGGUGGUGAAGGUCGCAUAUGGCAUUGAUUAACUGGUCAGCACCAACAUCAACACAAUGAGCUCAUGUUAUACUGCGGUAAAAAUAUUCAUUCAGCCUGUCACUGAACCCUGCUGUAAUUCUACAUGAUAACUUUCCCGUUUGCUGCUUUCCUUCUGAAAUAUUGCUUAUCCAUUUCUGAGGAACACUUGUGCCUGACCGAGGGAGCGCGACUCUGUUAAAGACAUGAAACAGAUGGAUAUAAAUGACAUGUGACCCUAAUUUGAAGAGGAGCUGAGAAGUUAUCUCCAGGUGUCUGAAUGAUGCUCACUCGUCAAUCAAUAGCUCUGGGGCAGACUGUUUGGAAAUUAUAAUGUCACAGUGUAUGCAUUAUUGCUGUGUACAAACUGGUGUUUGCGUUUUCCCAUCAAUAUCUAUAAAGAUCUGAUUGUGACAUCAUAAAAAGGGCAAUGGAAAGGCAUUGCAAGAAAUUACAGUAUCAGAUGAAACAGCAGCCAGAGAUACGACUGAGUUGCAGUCAGGAAUGAAAGUGAGCUGGAACAAAAUCUCAGCAUCUAAAGAGGAAAGAGCCUGACCAAUCAGAUUGUGUAACCGUUGUGGCAAAAGAACACAUACACCAGACCAGUCCUGACGAAGGGCCUCGGCCCAAAACAUCGACAGUGCAUCUCCCUAUAGAUGCUGCCUGGCCUGCUGUGUUCCACCAGCAUUUUGUGUGUGUUGCUUGAACUUCCAGCAUCUGCAGAUUUCCUCGUGUUUACACCAGAACAUUUCAGGUUUAAAGGGGAAACUUGCAGAAAAUACAACAAUGUAGGUCACAGAGCAUGUGCGGCAGACAAAAGUAAAUAGCAGUGUUCAAGCAUGGCAUUGGAAAACUCAAACUUAUCAACAGUAAAAUAGUGUUAACUGAAAAUGAAACACCCACAUUUUAUAGAGCUCAUCUGGUUCCUUCUACCAUCAGUGAUACAGUAGCCAGUGAGCUAGAUCAGCUGGAGGCUAAAUAAUUAUUUUCAAGAUUGUGUGGAGCCCAUCGGCAAUAGCAAUGUUCACAUUAGCCAAGAAGAAUGAGUCUAACAGGAUCAGUGUUGAUUUUAAGGUCACCACCAACCCAGUCCUGAAAGUAGAUCAAUGCCCUUUCCCCAGGACAGAGGAUAUCUUUGCACCCCUUUCUGCAGGGAAGCAUUUCAGCUGUGGGCUUAGCUGAGGCCGACCAACAGAUGGUGACGUCAGACACAGUACUCACACAUUAUGAUCCACCUCGUCCAGUGAAGCUUGCUUUCGUUUCCUUGCCUUAAGGUACAGGUACAGUCAAAUCAACUGAUAUGAGAUAUGUAUGUGAAUGCUCCAUAGCCUUAGUGUUACAUUCCCUGACCCCUGCAGAGAAAAAUAAUGCACAGAUUGACUGAGAGGCCUUGAAUCUGGUUUGGGGAGUAAAAUAGUACAACCACGACCUGUAGGGGAGAGAUUUUACCGUUAUUACUGAUUACCAAGCACUGGUGUCCAUUUUAAAUCCACAGAAGAAUAUUCCACUGACUUCAGCAGCACAAAUGCAAAGAUGUGCUCUGAUUCUUGGAGGACUCAAUUACAAGAUUGAAAUCAAGAAGAUGAUAAAUCAUGCAAAUGCUGAUGGGUGGCCCAGUUUACACUUGGAAAAGGAAUUUCCUAAAAACAAUUUAGAAAAGAGGUCGCUCCCCUUGAUUAAGACAAAGCACACCUGUACUGCAACAUCCAGCUACAGAUGGUUUAGUGGAGAGGUUUGUCCAGAGUCUAAAGACUGCACUGCGAUCAACGUCAGCAGAACACAUCUUUCUAACACUGAAUCUGCUACCGAACACAUGUGGCGGCUCACUAGAUGUUCAAAAGGCAAGAAAUCCAACCAAAAGCAUCACUAAUUACCCCUUUUCUGGAGUAACGUGGUAAAUUUCCACCCCAAAAAAAUGAAGAGACGUGAGGCAAACCAAAUUCGAGGGAUGAACGAUAAUGGUACUUUGCAGAAUUUAGGCGAUGUAAUGAGGCAUGUGGAGAGGAGAAAUUGAGGCAGAGGAGUUUUGAUGCCCAUGCAACUGGCCCGGGUGAAGGUUAGAUCGCACUGGGCACUGAGCCAAUUUGGAGAAGUCAAGAGUGACUUUGGGAUGGGCAGUGAAAUUUGGAUAUGAAGCGAGUCGCCAGACAGCGUGGUCUUGGUUCAGAGUCUUUCACAGCAGAUUUGCCUGAGCCCUAGUGCAAAAUAUGACACACUGUUUGGACAAUUUAAAUGCUGGUCUAGAAAUACUGGAAAGACAGGGUGUCAGGAUCAGAGGUGACAUCCGAUAUCACUCGUUGUCCCCGCAAUGACCACUCCUCUCUCCAUGGUGCUGGGGCUAUGUAGACUGCCCUGGCUGCUGUGCUCUGUACCCACUGAUGUAUUGAACUGAUACUGAGGCUUUGGGUCCACUAUGGGCUGCUGUGGGGAUUGGAGUGAACGAAUCAUUUUGGUUCAGAAUGCUGUUGCUGACUUCUAUUGUUUGAAUGAUCUGUGUUUUUCUCCCUCUCUCUGCACACCAGGUGUUGGUCUUUAUUUGAUUUUAUUAUCACUGGGUUCUUUCGGGCUUCUUGCUUUGCAGUUGUUUGUAAGCAAACAAAUCUCGAUUGUAUGAUUCACACAAACUUU